AUGGCGGAGUCGGUAGGUCAAGGAGUAGGGAAAGACUUAGGCCUUCGGCUAGCUGCACAUGCGAAAAUGAUCGGGACGAGAGUAGGAAUAGAUCGAUCGGAUGAAGCGGAGCAGGCCGAAGAAUGUCACCAAGUCGCAUACUUUCUGUCGGAUUGGGAAAAGUCUAAAGAAGUAGAGAAUCUGUACAUACGGGCGCUGGGUGGGUACGAGAAGGCAUGGGGCGCAGAGUACACGUCGACGCUAGACACGGUCAACAAUCUCGGCCUUCUGUACAAGAACCAAGGCAAGAUGGCGGAGGCGGAGGAGAUGUACCUGCGGGCGCUACGUAGGAAGAAGAAGGCAUAG